GUCGAGUGCUGCAGGACGCACGCCAGUAGCAUGACGGCCCAUACGCAAGGCUCUCGCCUCGACCGCCGUCUCUCGCUGCGCGCCCGCAACGACUUCCCCGACAACCGCGUGCGCACGUCCAAGUACACGCUCGCGUCGUUCCUUCCGCUCAACCUCCUCGAGCAGUUCCGGCGCGUCGCCAACGUCUACUUUCUCCUGAUCUCGCUCCUCCAGCUCUGCACGCCAUACUCGCCGACGAACCCGUAUGCGACGCUCGCGCCCUUCCUGCUCGUGCUGCUCGUGACCAUGGUCAAGGAAGGCGUCGAGGACAAGGCCCGGCACGAUGCCGACGCGCUCGUCAACACGAGUCGCACGCUGCGCCUCGGCGACGACGAUACGUUUGCACCAGUGCUCUGGCGCGACGUGCGUGUCGGCGACAUGCUCAUGGUACGCAUUAACGAGGUGUUUCCAGCGGAUCUAUUGCUCUUGGCGUCGAGCCACGACGACCGCGAAGCGUACAUUGACACGAGCAACCUCGACGGCGAGUCGACGGCCAAGGUCCGGCAUGUGCCGCACAUGAAUGCGAGUGUCUUGCAGGACGUCAAUGCGUAUGGGAAAGCGGUCAUGGCCGACGUGCGCUGCCACCCGCCGACGCCAGCCUUGUCUCGAUUCGACGGCGUCUUGCAGCUGCGUGCAAACGACGUGGCCGAAGAUAUCCCAUUCACGAGCCAUCAUGUGUGUCUCCGCGCGACGCGCUUGGUCAACACCGCCCACGUUGUCGGCGCCGUCCUCGCGACGGGCCAUGACACCAAGCUCAUGCAAAACCAUCGCACAAUGCUCCGGAAACGCAGCCACCUCGACGUCCUUGCCAACAAGUGUGUGCUCGUGGUGUUCCUCCUUCUCUUGCUCCUCAACACGAUCAGCGCGAUCAAAGGGUACUUUUGGCAGGCGAAUGCCAUGCCGCCGUAUUUGCACUUGGACGGACCACCGUCGGCGACGACCUUUGCGACGCUUUGGGUGACGUACCUUAUCCUGUACAACAACAUGGUACCGAUUUCGCUCUACAUUAGCCUUGAAAUCGUCAAGUGGUAUCAAGCCAAACACAUGGAGCAGGACGCGGCCAUGACGUGUCCACGGACGGGCCAAGGCCUGCUCGCACGCACGUCCAAUCUCAACGAAGACCUCGGGCGAGUGCACUAUAUCUUUACCGACAAGACGGGCACACUCACCAAGAACGAGAUGGUACUGCGGAAGCUCAGUGUCAGCGGCCAAAUCGUCGACUGCCAGGGUACCGGCAAGCGAGGCGGCGCGAUCGACCCGAACCGGCUCGUCGAACUCGCCUUGCUGCAGCGUCACCAGCAUGGCACGUUGAUUCGCGAGUUCUUUCGUUGCCUUUUGCUGUGCCACAGCGCUCGCAUUGGCAGCGACGGCACCGUGUCGGCCACGUCACCGGACGAAGUUGCGCUGCUCGCCGCCGCCAGCGACUUUGACUGCGCGUUUGACGGCGUUUCGAGCAACCGCAUCCAGAUCGUCCUCUUUGGACAGCAAGAAACCUACACGCUCCUUGCUUGCAACGCGUUUGAUAGUUUGCGCAAGUGCAUGUCGGUGCUCGUACAGCGCGACUCGACCGACGAGUAUUGGCUCUACUGCAAGGGCGCGGACAACGCGCUCCUCCACCCGAGCAACGCAACCCGGGCUCGCCAAGACGUCGAGACGCACAUUCGGUCGUUUGCAUGCCUCGGCCUCCGAACGCUUGUGUUUGGCCGACAGCAACUCGACGCAAAAGCAGCCAGGGCGUGGCUCGAUGCCUACGCCGUCGCCCAGGUGGCGGUUCAUGACCGCGAACACAGCUUGCACGUGCUUGCGACGACGAUCGAAGCGAGCGAGCGCAUGGAAAUCCUCGGCGGUUCGGGGGUCGAAGACAAACUACAGGACGGCGUCUACGCAGCCACAUCGCUACUGACCAAAGCCGGCAUUCGUGUGUGGAUGCUCACCGGCGACAAGGACGAGACUGCGGUUGCCCUUGCCCACGCCGCAGGUCUUCUUUCGACCAAGUCCCUUGUGCUGCCGCUCUGUGACGGCGCCGACCAAAUCGCCGUGCAUCGUAAACAGCUCAAGCGCGACGGCCUCUGGCACCCCGGCACUGUCAACCCCGCGCUGUCGGUGCUGCUGGGCGGUGCGUCACUCGACCAGCUCCUCACGGUGCACUGCCUCCAGCAACCCACACGCACCAACCAAAUUGCACCGCUCACGGCCCACGCCUCUCAACUCUUUGAGCUCCUAAGCCAGUGCCAGACCGUCGUCGCGUCCCGACUCUCGCCGCUCCAAAAAGCUAACCUUGUCCGCUUUGUAAAAGCCCACAGCCACGACGAGUGCAUCACGCUUGCGAUCGGCGACGGUGGCAACGACGUGUCCAUGAUCCAAGAAGCACAUGUUGGUGUCGGGAUCUUUGGCGUCGAAGGGUUGCAGGCGGUGCGGUCGGCGGACUUUGGCCUGGCCCAAUUUCGAUUCCUCAGCACGCUGCUGCUAUUGCAUGGCCGAUGGAACUGCCGCCGAAUCACGCUCCUCAUCUUGCUGACGUUCUACAAGAACACGCUGUUGGUGGCGACCUUUUUCCUCUACUCGUUUCUGACGGGGUUUUCCGGUCAAACGCCGUUCGACUCGUACUUGCUCGUGGGCUGGAACGUGCUCUACACGUGCCUCCCGCUGUUUGUGAUUGGGAUUCUCGACAAGGACCUCUGCGGCCCGACGCUGCAUCUGCACCCUCGCAUUUACCUCGACGAGCCAGAUUCGUCCACUCUGAAUCUCAAAACGCUCUUGCUCUGGAUGGUCUCGGCCGUGCUUGAGGCCCUUGCCAACGUCGUGUUCAUUUCGUGGUCGCUCGGGUAUUCUGGCGCGAGCUUGGCGCUUCUUGGCACCGUCUUGUACGCCUCGUCGGUGCUCAUCGUGCUCGUGAAAGCUGCUGCGUGCAUGCAGCGGCUGCAGCGGUGGCGACACUGGCACAUACUCUCGCUCGUGCUGAGCGCCGCCUGCCUCGUCUUGUUCAUUGCCGUCUACGAAGAGCUGUACGCGGUUGUCGGUACCACGAGCGCGCUGCGCGACUUCUACCACCUCUUUUACAAAGCCGAGACGGGCUUGGUCGCGCUCGCGCUGGUCCUUGCGUCGACGGGUAGCCUUGUGCUGCAAGCCGCAUGGUACAGCUUUCAGCGGCUGUACUGGUACUCGAACCGCGAUGUUCUCGCUGAAGUCGACGCGGGCCUCACGGUGGCUGCGUCGUCGCGGCCCCGGGCCACCGUCGGGUACAUCUCGAACGAAAAAAAGUCAUCGGCGUGCACCAAGCACCUCUCGACCGACUUCAAGGCGUGGGUUGACACGUUUCGAUCGCCCGAUAUGACGUCCGACUGCGACGUCCUCAUCUCGCAGCUCCGCGGGUGCCGGCUCCAAACCCAGCACAACGAAGUCGACGAAGACACGACAGCUGUCGUCGAUAACGUUGAUGUGACGCUCCACCCGUUCUCGCUGGCCUUUCUUGGCAAGCGCAGCGCCGUCCUCGAGGCCGAGUACGCGUCGGCGUUUCGGUCCCGCGAGGUCGUGCGCAUUCGGCGGGUCGUCGCGCUCGCCGCAUUUCUCUUCCUUCUCAACGUUCUCGUGCAGUACUUUGUCGGCAGUGCAACGAGCUUGUACGUUGGCUCGCGCAUCUUGCUGCUCCUCUGUGCGCUCGCCUACACGCGGUUUGCUUCGUCGCGAUGGUUCCUUGCCCACUAUGAUCUCUGCGUGAUCCUGCCCAUGGCCGGCACCGGGCUCUUCAUCUCGGCGACGAUUACCGACCAAGGCUACGUCUCGUCGACGCUCUUUCCCAUUGCGCUGUUUGCAGUGUUUCGCGUCCGGUUCACGUACGCGCUGUCGCUCGCGAUCGCGAAUUACCUGGUCUACGUCUUGUUUGCGAUCUCGCUGCCGUCAACGUCGGCCGCUGGUCUCGGGUAUUUCACCGGGUACAUUGGCCUUCUCAUGGCAUUUGCGGCCCACGGCUGCUGGCGGGUGCAGGUCGCCAUGCGCCAUGAUUUCCUGCAACACCGAUCGCUCGCCAUGGAAGAGAAACGUGCGCGCGCGAUCCUCGAGCACAUGCUGCCACGUCAUGUCAUGGCCAAACUGCAAAGUGGCGACCCAAUCAUCUCCGAGGCCGACGACGACGUGACCAUUCUAUUUUGUGACGUUGUCGACUUUACGCAGCUCAUGCAACGCUACUCACCAGCGCAGGUCGUCUCGCUCCUCGACCACCUCUACUCGCUGUUUGACGAGCUCUGCGCCAAGUACGGUGUUCAAAAGAUGGAGACAGUCGGCAAGACGUACAUGGCCUGCGCGGGGCUCCAGGAAGCGUCGGCGUCGUUUCCCGUCGCGCCUGCGAUCCGGGCCGCGUGCAUGGCGCGCGACAUGCUGCGCCUCCUCUCCACGUGCAAGACAGCAACAGGUCACAGCAUCAAGCUUCGCAUUGGUCUCCACUCGGGCCGCGUUCUGAGUGGUCUUGUUGGGCGCAAGAAGCAGCAAUUCUCGCUCUUUGGCGAUACCGUCAACACGGCGUCGCGCAUGCAGAGCACCGGGGCGCCGGGUCACAUCCAGCUCUCGAGUGCGACGCACCACAAGCUCCUCAAGGACUUUGCCUUUUCGUCACCGAGCCGCGUGCUCGUCAAAGGCAAGGGCGAAAUGGAGACGUUCCUCCUCGGGCCGCCGAUCAGCGACCGCGCCCGGUCGUGGGCCGAGCGGCCGGGCUCUGUCGCGUCACGCAGCCACGGCCUUCGGCGCCCCGAGCCGGUGUCGAGCAUCGAUGCCGGCAUUUACGAUGAAAUGGCCGCGGAAUUGCACCCGUUGUGGCUCUACUUUUACGAUUACGAGAUGGAGGCGACGUACGCCAAGGCCACCACCGGUAUGCGCGAAGAAGCCACGUCUCGCUGCCUCUAUGCGCUCGGCGUCUACCUCCUCUUCUCGAUCUUUCGAGACGCAUCCCAAGGCGCGCUCGUGGGUGUUUACGGUCGUCUCUGGCUUCUCUUGGCACCACGGAUGGUCGUCCUCAUGCUCUUUGCGCUGAGUUUGCUGUUUGUGCCGUUCAUGGCACAGCACGGCCUCGUGCCAACGUCGUGUCUCUGCCUUCUCGCGCUCGGGACGUUGCACGUCGUAGAGAUUGCUCAGCGCGUCGCCACUGCCGAUGCGUUUGCAUGGCUCGCCCUCGACGUGGUCUUUGUCAUGUUUGUCGUAAGCAGUGGCGGCGCGGUCCGGUACGCGUCGUCGAUCGGCUUCAACGCGCUCGCGUGGGGGGGUAUGGUGCCCAUCACGAUUGUCAUGGGACUCUCGUCCGACGGCGGCUACGACACGUUGAUCAACCCGGUGGUGCUCGUCUCGUUCACAGCGAUCGCCAACGUUGUCGUGUGCCGCGGCCUCGACUUCUUUACGCGCCGCAAGGUGUGGCUCGAGACGCAGACCAAUAUUCAAACGCGGACCGCGGACCGCCUCUUGUACCAGCGGUUGCCCGAAGAAGUCGUCCAGCGCAUGAAGCAAGGCGAGCUGGUUUGCGAUGAAUACCGCCUUGUGGGCAUUCUCUACUCGGACAUCAAGGGCUUCACGACACUCGCAGCGCGCACCGCCCCCGAAGACGUGAUCCAGCUCCUCGACUCGCUCUUUGCCGCCUUUGACGUGCUCACAGAAAAGCACGGCGUCUUCAAGCUCCAGACGAUCGGAGACGCCUACGUCAUUGUCUCGGGCUUGCCCUUUAUUGACAUGAGUUUGACUGAAGAGAGCUUGCCACCGAGUGCGACGCCGACGCCGCACCGGCGCAUGUCGGCGCGCAUGCAAGCCCACCGGGUCGCACAGCAGCUCGCAUCGCUGCGCCGGAACAACGUGCAUCUCAAGAAGCCGUGUCUGCACGUUCAUCAGCACAUUCGCAACCUCUUGCACAUGGCGUUCGACAUGCACAAGGAAGUCGCCAAGAUUCGCGAUCCCGUGACCAACGAGCCGCUGCAAAUGCGCAUUGGCGUGCAUCUUGGCAACCUCAUUGGCGGCGUCAUUGGCGACACCACGUUACGCUACGACAUGUGGGGCUUGGAUGCGAUGCUGGCCAACACGCUUGAAAGCAACGGAGUCCCCGGGGGCGUCGUCGUCAGCGACGCUGUCAAGCGCGUGAUCGACGAAGCCGGCGACGACUUUACCUGCGCCCACUACACCACGCUCGACGGCGGAAUCGAUGUCUACACGGUCGCUUGCCAAGAGGCAACAGAGGGCCGCGUGCGACGGCUGUCGUCGACAAGCCCCAAAAAGGGCAUGCUCACGUCGGGCGUCGGGUCACCGUCCAAGCUCCGGAAACGCUAGUCGCGCAGGGAUAUUGAGGAAAGAUUCAUUUGAUGUUGU